AUGGAUAAAAAUGCACUCAAGAGAAGAAACAGAUUGCUUAAAAAGAAUGAAGCUCGGAUGAACCUUCUGCUGGGGAAAUCGCAGGAGGGCGAUGUAGAGAAGUACUCAGAGGGAAAAAAGAAAGCAACCGAUUUGAAUUUAAAACAGGAUGAAGUAAAUCAAGAGGAGGGACAAGGUGGAGGGGAAACGAAACAGCUCCCCUCGGGGAAAAACGCCACUUCGGAAAUAGACCAAAUGGCAACACCGAGUAGUUCCCCAGGGCAGGCUAGCACCGCCGACCCCGAUCAACACACUGAAGAAAAUUCCAAUCAAAAGGGGGACCCCACCAAUGAGCCUGACCAAACGCAGGAGGGGGAGAAAAAGGAAGGCGAGAAAGACGACCCCUCUGGGCAGGAAAAGCAAAAAUCCGACGCAGAAACGAACCAAAAGGGGGAUCAAAAGGGCGAAAUAAAAAAUCGAGCAAAAAAAAAACCAACAAGCAAUAACACAGGUGAUGAUAAGUCAGAUAGCAACCGAGACGACGGUUCCAAUGCAGAGGAUGCCAAUAAGCCCAGUGAAAGCAACAGCGGCAAGUUAGAACAGGGCAAAGUUAAAGAGGAAGCCCCAAUUGAAAUCCCCCAAGUGAAAGUGUCCAUACUCAGACUAGCCCAAUUUGUAUCCCUCAUAUUUAUCGCAACAGUUUUAAGCGUGGUGAAAAUAAAAUAUUGUGAUUAUAAUCCACUGCCGAUGAGCAUACAGCCCAUGCGAAAGAAAAAAAUAUUGCAGCGUUUCAUCAGCUCCAAGUUUGUUUUUUUUUUCUUCUCCCUUUUUUAUAACAUAGCAUUUUCGCUAAUUGAUGUGUAUGCGCAUUUUGUAAAACACAACCUGAGUCAGAAGGAGAUCUGGAAGAACCUACAGAACCUACGGGAAAAGCUAACAAGCCAGUCUGAAUCUAUCCUGUAUCUCCUAAAUAAUGGCCCCACGGUUGCUCUUUUUUUUGUGAGUAUUGUAAAAACAUACUUGCUGCUAAUGUUUUUAACUCAUUUGUUUGAUGACCUUUUGUACAACUACACCGUUCGAAAGACUUGGGUGAGUGCUCCCCUCCCCGCGUCCUAG